UGCUAACUGUUCUGUGCAGAUGUUCCCCUAUGACAUCACUUCCUGUUUCUUCACAUGUGAAUUUCUCAACAACUGUUCAUCUCAGCUGCGACUGUUUUAACCAUUUAUGUUUAAUGUUCCAAAUGCUUUUUAGAAAACUGGUACUUUAACUAAUCAAUGUUUUUAAAUCGCAGCUAAAGUUGAUUUAUUUUUAGAUGUUUCCACAGAUCUGACAGUUGAUGACGUCACUCGGGUUUAAAGCCGUCUAAAGUUUUACUAAACUAUAUUUACUCAAACAAUUUUUUAAAUAUGUUUUUGUUUUCUUUCCCUUAAGUCUGUUUUUAUUUCUGUUUCUUCUAAACAGGAAGUGUUUAUUUCUAAAAACAUAAAUCACCUGGAACAACCUCUGCUCACCUGUAAAGACCUGGAUUAGAACUUUUGCACACAGCUGAUAGUUUGAGGCUUAUUUUUUUUAUGAACUCAGCAGUCAGGGAGUGACAGACAGGUGUGUGGUUACCAUGGUGACCAGCUUCUUUGAGAUUUGGCUCAUUUUCCGCUGAUUAUUUUUAACCUGAGCUGUCGAUGACGUCACGCCUCGGCCGGUACGUCACGGUUCCUGAUGUUUCCAACAUCUGGAGGAACAAACUCACCUGAGUCCCGCCGGAGAUGGAGCUUCCCGCCUCCGGAGGCUCCGGCUUCCUCAUCGACUCGCUGCUGUCCCCGCGGCCGCCCGCGGAGCGCCUCUCCCCGGCGGAGGUUCCGCCGCAGCCCCGCUCCAUCAGCUUCCUGAUCCGGGACAUCCUGGCUGACUGCCGCUCCGGUUCUGACCCGGGACAGCCCGAACCGCGAGCCGAGCCGUUCCGAACUGGACCGGACGGAGAGCGAGAAGCUGCCAGCAGCUCUGACCCGGCGGCGGCGGCGGCGGGGGGGCGGAGCACCAAGAAGGCCCGGAAGGCCCGGACAGCGUUCAGCGAGCAGCAGCUGUCCAAACUGGAGACGAGCUUCCAGAACCAGAAGUACCUGAGCGUCCAGGACCGAAUGGACCUGGCUGCAUCCCUGCAGCUCAGCGACACCCAGGUCAAGACCUGGUACCAGAACCGCAGGACCAAGUGGAAGCGGCAGUCGGCCGCAGGUUUGGAGCUCCUGGCUGCGGCCGGCAGGAUGUUCCUGCCGCAUCACUUCCUGUACCGCCCUGCCCCGCCCACACCGCACCACUUCCUGUGCAGAGGCCACGCCCACCACCCCACAGUCCUGCCCCACAUCCUGACCCACUCGGACCUCUGCUGACACGGGCAGGACCGGUUCUGCUGGACCUCUUCAGGACUCUGAGCUGGGACCGGGUCCUGGUACUGAACCCAGACCAGCUCAGUCUGGUUCUGGACCCGGGUUUGGACAAGGUCCUGGCUGUUUGUUUACGGUCUCAGAUGAAGAUGGACCUGGAUCAGUUCUGGACUCAUGUUUCAGUUUUGAGGUUUGGUUCUGACUCAGAAGGAACCGAACCAGAACCAGAACCAGAACCAGGUCUAGUUCUGGUUUUUGGACUUUUUAUUGAGCUGAAGAUGAUUUUUAAAUUUUUUUUUUCUUAAUAAAAAAAGUUCUGAAAAGGUUCUGAUGGGUCACGCUGGUCCAAACUCAGGUGAAGUUCUGGUUCUGAUGACGGCUGUUUAUUAAAAAGGUCAAAUAAAAACAAA